CAAUACGCACACUUUCUUCUCUUCUAUAAUGCAUACCAAUAUUAGAAGUAUUCGUAUUUUUUUAUUUUCUUUUUUCUUUUCCUUCUCUAUAUAUAUAUAUGCAUAUGAAAGAAUGGAUGCUUCAAGCAGCUUCAUUGCCUCAACAUCCUUCAGUAUUCUCUGCAUGAGAUUGAGGGUUUUGUUCAUAGAAAGCUAGGGUUAUUGCUUGAGGCCCUGCUUCUCCUUAGAGAGAGAGAGAGAGAGAGAGAGUGAUCAGAUCAAGUUGUGUGGUUAAUUAUUUUACUUGGAAGAUGGCAGUGAUGGACACUCACCAUCCUUUGGCAUUUACAUUUGGCAUCUUAGGUAACAUCAUCUCAGUCAUGGUGUACCUGGCUCCAAUGCCAACAUUUUUGAGAAUUUACAGAAAAAAAUCUACUGAAGGAUUCCAAUCUCUGCCUUACGUUGUGGCAUUAUUCAGUUCCAUGCUUUGGCUCCACUAUGCAAUGCUCAAGGGAGAUGCUUUUCUUCUUAUCACCAUCAACACAUUUGGAUGUGUCAUCGAGACUAUAUAUAUUAUCUUGUAUAUCACUUAUGCUACAAAAGAGAACAGGAUCUCAGCUUGCAGACUUCUUCUUUCCCUGAACAUGGGUUUGUUCUCUUUCAUCGUCAUCAUCACACAUUUUGCAGUGAAGUAUUCAGUUCGUGCACAAGUUCUUGGUUGGAUUUGUGUUGCUGUUUCUGUCAGUGUAUUUGCAGCUCCAUUAAGCAUUGUGGCACAAGUUAUUCGAACAAGAAGUGUUGAGUUCAUGCCAUUCAAUUUGUCAUUUUUCCUUACAAUAAGUGCAAUUAUGUGGCUUGCCUAUGGCCUUUCCACCAAGGACUUGUGUGUUGCUCUUCCAAAUGUAUUGGGAUUCAUCUUGGGGAUACUUCAGAUGCUGCUGUAUGCAGUGUACAGGAAAGCAAAGAAGGUGGUUAUGGAAGAAAAGCUACAAGAACAUUUGAAGACAAUUGUGAUACUAAACACAUUAGGGAAUUCAGAAGUGCAUCCAAUGGAUGUUCAACCAACUGAACUCAAAGAAGAUGCAAAAGAACAUGAACAAACACAAGAAGACAAUAAUGAGAAAAGCUUGGAAACUUCAAAUGAAGAUGACCUCCACCCAAAUGAAAAUGCAGUUUGAUUAAUUCUCGUAGAUAUGUGUAUACGAGUGGCUCUUGUUAAAAGAGUCCUCGAGCCAUAAAGGUUCCCUUUACAUUCUGUAUACCCUUUCCUUUACAUGGAUGUAUUAGCAUAAAAGCAAAUGUUUGGUUUCA